AUGGCUAGCUCAAAGGUCCGCGUCGCUGUUACACAGGCUGAGCCAGUUUGGCUCGAUCUACAGGGCUCUGUCAAGAAAGUGGUCAAACUCAUGAAAGAAGCCGCCGAAGAGAAGGCACAGCUUAUCGCGUUCCCAGAAUGUUUCAUUCCUGGUUAUCCAUGUUGGAUCUGGACACGAUUGGUAGACUUCGAGAUGAAUGUCAAGUAUAUUAAAAACUGCCUGAAAAUUGACUCUCCCGAGAUGGAAACCAUCAAGGCUGCCGCUCGCGACAACGGUAUCGCAGUGUCGCUUGGGUUUUCUGAGAAUGACGAUGAUUCGCUGUAUAUCUCGCAGGUCCUUAUCGGUUCGGACGGAGAGAUCAAGGUUCAUCGCCGUAAAAUGAAACCGACCCAUAUGGAGCGCACCAUAUUUGGAGAUGCAUCAGGCCAUUGCCUCUCGUCAGUCGCACAACUGCCAUUCGCUCGUGUCGGCCAGCUUUCUUGCUGGGAACACAUCCAGCCACUGUUGAAGUUCAACACGAUGGCCCAGAAGGAGCAAAUCCACGUCUCCGCAUGGCCAAGUUUGACACCCCACACAGGCGGAUCCGAUUUGUGGUCCAUGUCCGCAGAAGGCUGUCGAACAUUGUCGGCAACCUAUGCCAUAGAAUCCACAGCCUUCGUGCUUCACAGCACGGCUUUGAUCACAGAAGAGGGGGUGCAAAAGCAGGGUACUGCCUCUGGUGCGCUAAUGUCAUCGGCUGGUGGUGGCACUUCAGCGGUUUUCGGACCAGAUGGCAGGAAAUUAACUGAGGAUCUGGACUCCAAAACCGAAGGUGUCAUCUAUGCCGACCUUGAUCUCGACGAAAUCACCAAGAUAAAGAUGUUCGCACAUUGUACAGGUCACUACAGCCGGCCUGACCUCCUAUGGCUGAGCACUGACACCAACGUCAAAGGUUUGGUGAGAAGUGCAGUUGCAAAGGAAGUUGCAAGGGAGCUCUCGACUGAUUUAGUUACUGAUCUUUGA